AACAGACUUGAGUGAUUGUGAGCACUUGGAAACUUGAACAUUCAGAGAGUAUAUUGUGUGUUUCAGCAAGUUCGAUCAUGAAGUUUGUGUUAGUGUUGCUGUGCGUGGCCGUGGCCCGUGCUGGUCUAGCUCCACUCAUUACAUCCGAUCAACGGUCUGUACCUGACAGCUGGAUCGUCAAGAUCAAGGAUUCAGACCAGUUGGACCGAGUUGCAGCUGAUAUUUUGAGCCGCUUCUCCAAUAUGGAUCUAGCAACUCCAUCAUUGACCAAAAUCCGUAAUGUCUUGCCUGUCCUCACUCUGAAGAUUCCAGCACGCCUUAUUAAUGAAAUCCGCUCCAUUGACGGCAUUGAGUACAUAGAACAAGACAGCAUCACUACACUUGCUGGCAAUCAAUAUAACCCGUCGUGGGGCAUCGACCGCGUGGAUAGUCGCACAGGAACUGAUUACUACUACACCUACAAUGAUAAUGUCCAAGGUAAAGGAGUGAAUAUCUACGUCGUGGAUACCGGAGUACAAACUUCUCACACUUCUUUCGGUGGACGAGCUUCGCUGCUCUUCGGCGCAACAGACAACAACGGGCAUGGUACGCACUGCGCUGGGACAGCAGCGGGUAACACAUUCGGUCUAGCGCGUCAGGCAAACAUCUUCAGUGUAAAGGUGUGCGAUCCAUCUUGUUAUCUCAGCACAAUUCUUAAUGGAUUUGACGCUGUAAAAAACCACGGUGGCUCAGCCGGUGGAGUCCUGUCCAUUUCCCUCUCUGGGUUCUCCAGUAGCCCCUCCAUCAACACUGCAGUGAAAGAUUUGUGGAAUAAUGGCUACCUAGUAUCACACGCAGCAGGCAAUGACAACGCUGACGCAUGCAACAGAGACCCUCAAAAUAUUAACGAACUGAUCGUAGUUGGUGCUACAGACAGCAGCGACAAGAGGGCCUAUUUCUCCAACUACGGGUCCUGCGUUGAUAUCUUCGCACCUGGUGUCAGCAUCUUGAGUGCUAAAUACAGUACAAGCAGUAACUCAGGUUCUAGUUACAAAUCUGGGACCUCAAUGGCUUGCCCUCACGUAACAGGUGCUGCCGCGCUUGAGUUUGGUCAAAACAGCAACGCCACACCGUCAUCGGUCAAGAACGCCCUAAUAAACAACGCUACACCAGGCGUUGUCUCUGACCCCAACGGAACACCUAACCGUCUACUCUAUGUCAAGUAUUAAGCGGUGGGUGCAUUCAGCUAUGCCUGACGUCCGAAGGAAAUCAGAUAUUAACUGAACAGUCAUUCCCUUUUUUCCGGCCAUCCUACUGAAUUGUGCUGCAUUUACUUAUAAGGCCAUGAAUCCCAAUAGACGGCCUUUUAAAAUUCCAAUGAAACAAUGUGUGUGUACCGUUCAUUAUUUCAGACUCGGUCAAUAACAACCCUUCAAAUUGUUCCCACUUAUACGAUACACUAACAGAAAUUGUUAUGCGACUGACAAGUGCAACGCAGUAAGUUAAAGGAUUACAAUUGUAAAUCCGAAUUUUUUUUCUUUCCAUAUUUUCCGGAAUCUUACCACAAUCGGAAUUCUGAAAGCGCCUUUGUCUGCAUGUUCUUAUCAGUGAAUGAAAUAUUCGCACAUAAAAUUAGCUUUUACUCAGCAGUCAUUCCAUUUUUCAGUUUAAAGAUUUGCAUAGACUCACAGUAAACGACCACGAUAAAUAACGAUUUCUAACAAUAGCAAGUACAUCGCCAAGUAAUAUGUAAGUUUUCAAUGUAUUCCCAAAUAAACCAUGAGCGAAUGAGAAAGGUUUCCUUUUCCCCCAA